AUGGCCGACUCGAUGAACUUGAUCACGGCACAGAUCUCGUUCCUUGAACCACAUCUGGCCCUUAUCCACGUUCCCAUCGAGUUGUAUUCUCUGUUUCUGCAACCGAUACUGCGCCUCCUGUUCGGUGAAGAUCAUGACGAGGAUGCCGGUAGGGUAUCCUGGACCAGUAGGCAUGAUUUCCUCAAUGUCUCAAUCACGCCCGUCGAGUGUUCAAUCAUGUGCUCGAGAGUACUGGCCGAUCGGUUUGUGGUCCCUGUUGCGGAAGCCCUCAACAGGUUAUAUGCGACUAGUGGAGCAAGGAACGACAAUGACAGCAGCUCCAAAGAGGCCAACGGGAGCCACCGCAAGACCCAGAUUCACAUCAGCACCGAAGACUACAUCGCAAUUCAGGUGGACGGACAAGGGUUGGAUGCCGGUCAGAGAGUGCUGGAACUGACCUCGCCAUUGGCUAUGGCAGGAAUAAGCAUCUUCUUCAUCACGACCUAUUUUUCAGAUUAUAUCCUGGUGCCCUUCCGGCAACGCAGGACCGUCACCAAAGCCCUACAACAACGAGGGUUCGUUUUCUCGCAUACUGCCGACGCGUUUGUGUCACAGCUGUCCCCGUCGUCACCGGCUUCGCCAGAUGGUGGUAGUGGUGGUAGUGGUAGUGGGCGGCAUCGGACCUGGCCCUCGCCCUUUCACGAGACAAUUACCUCUACGUCGACACCGGCCACUCCGCCGGCAAAGGAUAUUCCCGAGCUGCAGAUGCGGACGUUUACAAAGUUGAAGCGAAACAAUGUCACACCACUUGUCGAUGGGGCGGUCCGGUUGGCCAGUUGUGCGGGCAGUCGCGAGUAUAGCUUGGAAAGCGAGGACAGACUGAAGAACGAUUUGUUGCAGGUCUUGUUGGCCACGGCGGCGGUGCCGUUGCGGGCGAAGCAAAUCGCUACAGGGACUACUACUGCUGCUGCUGAUACUAACGGCGACAACAAUGCUCAUGUUGAGUCGGCAGUCCCGGACACGGAGGAGUCGAUUUCGGAUUAUCGAGACUCAGAAACGGACUUUGGGGCACGAUUCCUCUCACUCACGAUCACCUCGGGCGAACCCAUUUCUUUGUUGAUUGAACACCGACUCCUUGACCGUCUAGGCGCGUCUUUGCUGGGGGCCAAGUCCGUCGACGACGCCUUGGUGCCCAUCACGCUCGAUCUGCGCGACCUGCCGCUCGAAGCUACGGGAAUCGUAUGUGGUGUGGCAGGGAGACUUGCGCAGGGUGAUAGUACUGGCCUGGACGGGGAUCUGCACGAAAAAGAAUUGAGUCCGGGUUCGGGUUCGGGUUCGAGUCGUACAGAUGAUGGCGAGGUCGAGUCAAUCGACAUAUCGUUUCUCAGCACGGCAAGGGCAGGAACCGUGAUCGUGCGGGCCAGUCAGUUGCAAAGAGCUCUUAAUGCGUUGGAGGUGGGCAUGAAGUUGGUCGGAAGGGAUUUGUAG